UGUUAACGGUUGUUCGCUCGCACGUACGAAGCCCGAUCGCGUUCGUCUAAAAACAAGAUACAAAACACAGCACACAAUUCAAAACGACAACGUAGUAGUACGAUAAACCCAAGCACCGAACAUUUUCAAAUAAACCCCCCAAAAUGUUGUAACCAAAUAAAAUACAUGUUUAAAUCACAUAUACACCUAUAUUUAUGAAAAAUUGUUAGACAAAACCCAAAUAAUUCCAGUUCUCCCAACAAACACAACAAGUGCAAUUCAUCGUCAGAGAUUAAUAUAAAGUGCAAAUGCAUUGUAGCUGAAACUCAAAUAAUAGUAAAAAUACAUAUGUGGCGAGGAAUGACAAGAAAAUAGUUCUUAAAAACCGGAAACCGAGAGUAUAUAUUCAUAUUUGUACAAAUAUUAUAUGGCGGCUGCCUAGUGCAGCGGUUGAGAAAAUUUAGCGGGACCUAAAUGUAAAUAGGAACAAACGAAAGCCAGAACUCGAAAUCAAACAUCAGCAACGUGACACACAGACAUAAGACGCCCGUCUAGUCGUCGUCUGUGACUUUUUCCGCAUCUACAAAAUUACAUAUAUCGAAGAUAGUGCGCGAGUGUGUGAGGGAUUUGUGCCGUGGAUCCUCUUACAUAUACAUAAAGGUAGUGAAAAGAUUUUAUCUAACAUUCCAAAUAGUGCUUUGUCAACUGAAAUACCUUUUUCGAGAACGCAGUGUGCUCAUGGAUACUUUUGGAUUAGUAGCAGAACUGGCGCACUAUAUUGACGAAUAUGCUCUGAUUGUUCCCCGCACGGAAUGAGCAGGAAUUUGGGCGAAAAUGUAUUUUGAACGCAAGCAAGUGCGCAAAAAAUACUAGCUCCGCCACAAAAUUUCACAAAACACCGCCAGAAGUGAGUAGAACCUCUAGCCGCACAACCGAGCUGUGCACAGCAUCAGGAGAUAGUUCUUCUCCACAUAUUGACCAACUGCCAGGGACAAGCUCCUUGUCCCCAGCCGACGCCAAGUGAACGGAAAACGGCCCCAAAACGGCGGCCAUUGGCUACCAGAGGAUGAAGCGGCGCUGGUCAAACAACGGCGGCUUCAUGCGUCUACCGGAGGAGUCGUCGUCGGAGGUCACGUCCUCCUCAAACGGGCUCGUCCUGCCCUCGGGGGUGAACAUGUCGCCCUCGUCCCUGGACUCGCACGACUAUUGCGAUCAGGAGCUUUGGCUUUGCGGCAACGAAUCCGGUUCGUUCGGCGGCUCCAACGGCAAUGGCCUAAAUCAGCAGCAGCAGAGCGUCAUCACGCUGGCCAUGCACGGUUGCUCUAGCACUCUGCCAGCUCAGACAACCAUCAUUCCGAUCAACGGCAACGCGAAUGGGAAUGGAGGCUCCAGCAAUAGCCAAUAUGUUCCGGGUGCCACCAAUCUGGGCGCGUUGGCCAACGGGAUGCUCAAUGGGGGCCUCAAUGGAAUGCAGCAACAGAUUCAGAAUGGCCAAGGCCUCAUCAACUCCACAACCCCCUCAACGCCAACCACCCCGCUCCACCUUCAGCAGAACCUGGGGGGCGGGGGAGGUAUCGGGGGAAUGGGUAUUCUUCACCACGCGAAUGGCACCCCGAAUGGCCUUAUCGGAAUUGUAGGAGGCGGCGGCGGAGUGGGUGUCGGAGUGGGCGGAGGCGGAAUGGGAGGCCUAGGAAUGCAGCACACGCCCCGAAGCGAUUCGGUAAAUUCUAUAUCUUCAGGUCGCGACGAUCUCUCACCUUCGAGCAGCUUGAACGGAUAUUCGGCGAACGAAAGCUGCGAUGCGAAGAAGAGCAAGAAGGGCCCUGCGCCACGGGUGCAGGAGGAGUUGUGCCUGGUUUGCGGCGACAGGGCCUCCGGCUACCACUACAACGCCCUCACCUGUGAGGGCUGCAAGGGCUUCUUUCGACGCAGCGUUACGAAGAGCGCCGUGUACUGCUGCAAGUUCGGCCGCGCCUGCGAAAUGGACAUGUACAUGAGGCGUAAGUGUCAGGAGUGCCGCCUGAAAAAGUGCCUGGCCGUGGGCAUGCGGCCAGAGUGCGUCGUCCCGGAAAACCAGUGCGCAAUGAAGCGGCGGGAAAAGAAGGCCCAGAAGGAAAAAGACAAAAUGACCACUUCUCCCAGCUCUCAGCACGGCGGCAACGGCAGCUUGGGCUCUGGUAGCGCCCACGACUUUGUUAAGAAAGAGAUUCUUGACCUUAUGACAUGCGAGCCGCCCCAGCAUGCCACUAUUCCGCUACUACCUGAUGAAAUAUUGGCCAAGUGUCAAGCGCGCAAUAUACCUUCCUUAACGUACAAUCAGUUGGCCGUUAUAUACAAGCUAAUUUGGUAUCAGGAUGGCUAUGAGCAGCCAUCUGAAGAGGAUCUCAGACGUAUAAUGAGUCAACCCGAUGAGAACGAGAGCCAGACGGACGUCAGCUUUCGGCACAUUACCGAGAUAACCAUACUCACGGUCCAGUUGAUUGUUGAGUUUGCUAAAGGUCUACCAGCGUUUACAAAAAUACCCCAGGAGGACCAGAUCACGUUACUAAAGGCCUGCUCGUCGGAGGUGAUGAUGUUGCGUAUGGCACGGCGCUAUGACCACAGCUCGGACUCAAUAUUCUUCGCGAAUAAUAGAUCCUAUACGCGGGAUUCUUACAAAAUGGCCGGAAUGGCUGAUAACAUUGAAGACCUGCUGCAUUUCUGCCGCCAAAUGUUCUCGAUGAAGGUAGACAACGUCGAAUACGCGCUUCUCACUGCCAUUGUGAUCUUCUCGGACCGGCCGGGCCUGGAGAAGGCCCAACUAGUCGAAGCGAUCCAGAGCUACUACAUCGACACUCUACGCAUUUAUAUACUCAACCGCCACUGCGGCGACUCAAUGAGCCUCGUCUUCUACGCAAAGUUGCUCUCGAUUCUCACUGAGCUGCGUACGCUGGGCAACCAGAACGCCGAGAUGUGUUUCUCACUAAAGCUCAAAAACCGCAAACUGCCCAAGUUCCUCGAGGAGAUCUGGGACGUUCAUGCCAUCCCGCCCUCGGUCCAGUCGCACCUUCAGAUUACCCAAGAGGAGAACGAGCGCCUCGAGCGUGCUGAGCGUAUGCGAGCAUCAGUUGGGGGCGCCAUUACCGCCGGCAUAGAUUGUGACUCUGCCUCCACUUCGGCGGCGGCAGCCGCGGCCCAGCAUCAGCCUCAGCCCCAGCCCUCUACCCUGACCCAGAACGACUCCCAGCACCAGACACAGCCGCAGCUGCAGCCUCAGCUGCAAGGUCAACUGCAACCUCAGCUCCAGCCCCCGCUUUCGACGCAACUCCAGCCGCAGAUUCAACCACAGCCACAGCUCCUUACCGUUUCCGCUCCCGUGCCCGCUUCCGUUUGCGCCUCUGGCUCCUUGUCGGCGGUCAGUACGAGCAGCGAAUACAUGGGCGGAAGUGCGGCCACAGGACCCAUCACGCCGGCGGCCACCAGCAGUAUCACGGCCGCCGUUUCCGCUAGCUCCACUACAUCAGCGGUACCGAUGGGCAACGGAGUCGGUGUCGCGGUGGGCGGCAACGUCAGCAUGUAUGCGAAUGCUCAGACGGCGAUGGCCUUGAUGGGUGUUGCCCUGCACUCGCACCAAGAGCAGCUUAUUGGAGGAGUAGCGGUCAAGUCGGAGCACUCGACGACUGCAUAGCAGACGCAGAGGAAGCUCCAUCAACAUCACCAACCCAACAUCGACGUCCUGCUGGAGUAAAAAGCGCAGCUGAACCACACAGAUAUAGGGAAAAAGGGAGUUCUCUCUAGAGAGUUCAAGCCGAACUAAAUACUAAAAAGUGGAUAAAUAAGUGGACAAGCGUAAAAUGCAGUUAUUUAGUCUUAAGCCUGCAAAUAUUAAAGAUUAUUCAUACAAAUUAAUAUAUAAUACGGCCUAUUACCAAUUACGCUAAAGCUUAA